GCUGUGCGAGGCGAGUGGGGCCCUCCUGGCAGCUGCCCCUGCCCCACGUCCGUGCCCAUGCUCUGGACCCCCUGGGCACCCAUGUGCUGGCCUGGGGACCCCUUCGCACCAUGAAUGACCAGUACCACCGAGCCGCCCGGGACGGCUACCUGGACCUGCUGAAGGAAGCCACCAAGAAGGACCUGAACGCGCCAGAUGAGGAUGGCAUGACCCCGACCCUAUGGGCCGCCUACCACGGCAACCUGGACGCCCUGCGCCUCAUUGUCAGCAGAGGGGGUGAUCCAGACAAAUGUGACAUCUGGGGGAAUACCCCCCUCCACCUGGCAGCAGCCAAUGGCCACCUGAACUGCCUCUCCUUCCUCAUCUCCUUUGGGGCCAACAUCUGGUGCCUGGACAAUGACUACCACACCCCACUGGACAUGGCAGCCAUGAAGGGGCACAUGGAGUGUGUGCGGUACCUGGACUCAAUUGCUGCCAAGCAGAGCAACCUCAACCCCAAGCUGGUGAGCAAACUGAAGGACAAGGCCUUUCGGGAUGCGGAGCGGAGGAUUAAGGACUGCGUGAAGCUGCAGAAGAAGCACCACGAAAGGAUGGAGAAACGGUACAGAAAGGAGAUGUCAGAUAAUUCAGAUACCAUGAGCUUUUCCAGCUAUUCAAGCAGCACCUUAAGCAAGAAGUUCCAGCACAUGUCUAUGGUGACUUCCUUGCCAUACUCACAAGCCACCAUCCAUGGCACAGCCAAGGGAAAGACGAAAAUACAAAAGAAAUUAGAGAAGAAGAAGCAGGUGGACGGGACAUUCAAGAUCUACGAGGAUGGCAGGAAAAGCGUGCGGUCUCUGUCUGGUCUGCAGCUGGGCAAUGAUGUCAUGUUUGUGAAGCAGGGCACAUACGCCAGCCCAAAGGAGUGGACUCGCCGCAAUAUCCGAGACAUGUUCCUCACAGAUGAAGACACUGUCUCCCGUGCCAUAAGUGACCCAGGUUUGCACAUGGACUCGGCCCACUCAGAGGUCAGCACUGACUCUGGACACGACUCCUUGUUCAACCGCCCUGGGCUGGGCACCAUGGUGUUCCGGCGCAACUACGUGAGCAGUGGGCUCUUUGGGAUCGGCCGGGAGGACGGGGGCACACUGGGGGAGGACAGUGCCGAUGAGAUGGGCAUCAGACUGCGGAGCCGCCUGCAGCGCUCGCCAAGUCUCAACGACAGCAUUGGCAGUGCCAACAGCCUGCAGGAGAGGAACGCAGAGGAGCUGCCCUGGGAUGAGGUGGAGCUGGGCUUAGAUGAUGACGAUGAACCCGACACAAGCCCCUUGGAAACUUUUCUGGCUUCCCUGCACAUGUUUGAAUUCAUCUCCAUCCUGAAGAAGGAAAAGAUUGACUUGGAGGCUCUCAUGCUGUGUUCAGACAAUGACCUGAAGAGCAUCAAUAUCCCUUUGGGUCCCAGGAAAAAGAUUGUGGAUGCCAUCCAGAGGAGACGACAAACGCUGGAGAAGCCAGAUGUUAUUGUAGACACUGAACUAUAGCAGCAGCAUCUCUUUUUUUUUUUUUUUUUUUUUUCUCUCAAGAAACAAACCCAGUUCUAAGUUGCCAGAAAACACAAGCCAGAGACUCCCUUUCUGGGGCAGCUGAAAGAUACAGCCAUCCAGCCAUCCCCACCAGUCCCACGGGACUGCUCCCUCACUCUGCUUCCUGUCUGUGUGACGCUCCUGGGCAGUUCCUGGCACGGAGGGAUGACAGCUGAGAUUGGACCAGGCAGGUCCAACCUGCCAACCUUCAAGGGACCAUGGUCUCCCACUCACUGGAGGAAGGAGUGAGCUGCACAGAUGGCUGGGAUGCUGCUGUCACAGGCUGUGAGACCACACCAAGCCAUGAACGGAAGGAGAUAACGUGAUAUUUUCAAAGGGAUACAAAAUAAAUAAUUACAAGCUA